GUCGUUGUUAGAGUGUUAGGGAGUGAAAUACAAAAAAAAACCUAGACAUUACCAUGAAGUUCGCCGUAGUGUUUGCCGCCGUUUUGGCCGUGGCCGUGGCCGCUCCCGUUGAGGAAAAGGACGCCCACAUUGUGCAGUACCAGAACGAUAACCAGGGAAUUGACGGAUACAACUUCCAGUAUGGAACCAGCAACGGAAUCCAGCGGACGGAACAAGCCCAACUGAAGCGGUUCGCCGACGACAUCAACGCCCUGGUCAUCCGUGGAUCAUACUCGUACGUCGGUGCCGACGGACAGACCUACACCGUGAACUACAUCGCCGAUGAGAACGGAUUCCAACCGGAGGCUGCCCACAUCCCUCGGGCCUAACCUGUUCCGUCGUUCCUCGCUAGUUGACUUUUACGUUAUUUUAGGAUUACACAAAAAAAUAUA